AUGGCCACCACAUCGAACAUGUUCCUGUACUCGCUGACCAUUCAGCCUCCCACAUCCAUCACCCAGGCUGUUUUGGGCCAGUUUUCUGGCACAAGAGAACAACAGAUUGUCGCGGCUUCUGGCUCGCGUCUUACGUUGAUGCGGCCCGACCCGUCACAGGGCAAAGUGACAACCCUCCUCUCGCAUGAGGUAUUCGGCAUCAUCAGGUCUAUCGCAACAUUUCGCUUGGCGGGAAGCAAUAAAGACUACAUUAUCCUGGCUACCGACUCCGGUCGUAUCGCUAUAGUCGAAUAUAUUCCACAGCAGAACAGAUUCAAGCAGCAGAAGUUGGAGACCUUCGGUAAAUCUGGUGUCCGUCGUGUUAUUCCCGGCCAGUAUCUUGCCUGCGAUCCCAAAGGACGAGCAUGCCUGAUUGCCGCUAUGGAAAAGACCAAACUGGUCUACGUUCUCAACAGAAACGCGCAGGCUGAGCUUACCAUCUCCUCACCAUUGGAGGCUCACAAGCCGGGUACUGUCGUUUUGGCUAUGACGGCCCUCGAUGUCGGCUACGCGAAUCCCGUAUUUGCAGCGCUAGAGGUUGAUACGUCGGAAGUAGACCAGGAUCCUACUGGUCAAGCUCUGGAUGAGGUUGAGACACAACUUGUCUACUACGAGCUUGACCUUGGUUUGAACCAUGUCGUAAGGAGAUGGCACGAAGCAGUUGACCCUACGGCCUCUGUGCUGUUCCAGGUGCCGGGCGGUAACGACGGUCCGAGUGGUGUGCUCGUAUGCGGCGAGGAAAAUAUUACAUAUCGACACUCGAAUCAAGAUGCCUUUCGUGUUCCAAUUCCAAGAAGGAAGGGUGCCACCGAAGAUCCCCAACGCAAGCGCACCAUCGUCUCUGGAGUCAUGCAUAAACUCAAGGGCAAUGUGGGCGCCUUCUUUUUCCUACUUCAGACAGAGGAUGGCGACCUUUUUAAGGUUAAUAUCGAAAUGGCCGAGGAUGAAGAAGGCAAAGCCACAGGAGAAGUUCGAAGGUUAAAAAUCAAAUAUUUUGAUACCGUGCCAGUAUCGACAAGUUUGUGUAUCUUGAAAAGCGGCUUUCUGUUUGUGGCAAGCGAGUUCGGCAACCAUCACUUUUACCAAUUUGAGAAAUUAGGUGACGAUGACGAUGAGUUGGAAUACUCAAGCGACGAUUAUCCAACUGAUCCACAAGCUGCAUAUACACCUGCGUAUUUCUAUCCAAGACCGGCUGAAAAUCUGAGCUUGGUAGAGAGUAUUGAUUCAAUGAAUCCACUUGUUGACUGUAAGGUUGCUAAUUUGUAUGAGGACGAUGCGCCACAGAUCUACGCAAUUUGUGGCAACGGUGCGAGAAGCACUUUCAGGACCUUGAAACAUGGCCUUGAGGUCAACGAAAUUGUGGCGUCAGAUUUGCCAGGUAUUCCGUCUGCUGUUUGGACGACAAAACUUCGUCGUGACGACCAAUAUGAUGCAUAUAUCAUUCUUUCUUUCAGCAAUGGAACUUUAGUCUUGAGUAUCGGAGAAACAGUAGAGGAGGUAUCGGACACCGGUUUCCUUACAUCUGUGCCAACUCUCGCCGUUCAGCAGCUCGGCGAGGAUGGCCUCCUCCAAGUACACCCGAAAGGCAUUCGACACAUCAUCAACGGUCAAAUUAACGAAUGGCCCGCGCCACAGCAUCGAUCUAUUGUUGCAGCAUCCACUAACUCCCGACAAGUGGCGGUUGCUCUGAGUUCUGGGGAGAUUGUGUAUUUCGAAAUGGACGCUGAUGGGUCACUUGCAGAGUAUGAUGAAAAGAAGGAGAUGUUCGGGACCGUUACCUGCCUUAGCUUAGGUGAUGUUCCGGAAGGUCGUCUGAGAAGUUCAUUCCUCGCUGUUGGAUGCGAUGAUUGCACAGUUCGUGUCCUCAGUUUGGACCCUGAAUCUACGCUGGAGAAUAAGUCUAUACAAGCACUAACUGCCGCACCAUCCUCGCUAUCUAUAAUGUCAAUGGAGGAUUCUUCCUCUGGUGGCCGUACCUUGUACCUUCACAUAGGCCUGCACUCUGGAGUCUAUCUGAGGACAGUCCUAGAUGAAAUCACUGGGGAGUUGACGGAUACUCGCCAGAAAUUCCUCGGGCCAAAGUCCGUGCGUCUUUUUCAAGUUGCUGUGCAAGGCCAAACCUGCGUGUUAGCAUUGAGUUCAAGAACGUGGCUUGGUUAUUCCGAUCCGAUCACAAGAGGAUUCAUGUUGACACCACUUGAUUAUAAUGAUCUAGAAUGGGGAUGGAACUUCAGCAGUGAACAAUGUGAGGAAGGAAUGGUUGGAAUUCAGGCACAGAAUCUCAAAAUUUUCUCCGUGGAUAAAUUAACGGACACGGUGUUACAGCAAAGUAUACCGCUCACUUACACUCCUAAACGUCUCGCAAAGCAUCCGGACCAACCCUAUUUUUACACUGUUGAGUCAGACAAUAAUACGCUCCCUCCGGAACUCCGUCAACAGUUGCUUGCUGAUGCAGCCGCGAAUGCCGACGAGACUGUGUUACCUGCUGAAGAUUUUGGGUACCCGAAAGGGCGCGGUCGUUGGGCAUCCUGUAUAAGUGUCGUGGAUCCCCUUACUGAAAAACGCGUAUUACAGUCGGUAAAUCUCACGGACAAUGAAGCUGCAGUUAGCAUAGCGACUGUCUCCUUUGCUAGCCAGGACAAUGAGGUCUUUUUGGUGGUCGGGACUGGAAAAGACAUGAUUCUCAGCCCCCGGCAGUUCAGUUGCGGCUUCAUCUACGUAUACAGGUUCCGAGACGAUGGGAGAGAGGUCGAGUUCAUUCAUAAAACCAAAGUCGAUGAGCCUCCCAUGGCACUUGCACAAUUCCAAGGCCGCUUGUUGGCAGGUAUUGGUAAGACGCUUUUGUCUUAUGACUUGGGGCUGCGCCAACUGCUUCGAAAGUCUCAAGCCGAAGUGGCUUCACAACUCAUCGUUUCCAUACAGACGCAAGGCAGUCGAAUCAUCGUCGGCGAUGUGCAGCAGAGUGUCACAUAUGUUGCUUACAAAUAUGAGAGCAAUAAGUUGAUUCCGUUUGCCGAUGAUACUAUCCCAAGGUGGACGAAUUGCACGACUAUGGUGGACUACGAAUCAGUUGCAGGUGGCGAUAAAUUCGGCAAUAUAUGGAUUGUGCGGUGUCCGCAGAAAGCUAGUGACGAGGCAGAUGAGGACAAUGUUGGAGCACACCUUCAACACGCUAGAGAGUACCUCCACGGCUCCAAUCACCGGCUCAGUUUAAUGACGCACUUUUACGCACAAGAUGUGCCAACCAGCAUAAGUAAAGCCAAUCUUAUUGUUGGUGGUCAAGAUGUUCUGCUUUGGAGUGGAGUGCAGGGCACAGUUGGUGUUUUCAUACCUUUUGUAAGCCGUGAAGACGUCGACUUUUUCCAAAGUCUCGAGUUGCAUAUGCGCAGUGAGGAUCCACCACUUGCAGGGAGAGAUCAUUUAAUCUAUCGAAGCUAUUAUGCCCCUGUCAAAGGUGUCAUUGAUGGUGAUUUGUGCGAGAGAUUUUCUUUGCUUUCUCAGGAUAAGAAGCAGAUGAUCGCGGGUGAGUUGGAUCGGUCGGUUAGAGAGAUUGAAAGAAAGAUAUCGGAUGUACGAACUCGGUCAGCGUUUUGAGAGGUCUUGGAACAAGUGCACAAGCCCACCAGAGCGGGUGGAAUUCGUGUUAUCUCAACAAGGUCGAUAUUCUACUAGGCUGA